CACACACACACACACACAGUCUCUCUCCAACCGCCUCUCUAACAUGUCACAAUCUCAAAUUCUCUUGCUUUUCCUCUCUUUCCUCCUCCUCCACGCCUCCCUCGCCUCCCCCCGGCAGAGGAGAGACGCGUGGGGGGUGGAGGAAGGUGUGGGGCAGGUGGAGGAAAGUGGAGGAGUGGAGGAAACGGAGGAAAUUGGAGGAGUUUUGCCUAUGCAUGUGGAGAAAUUGAGGAAUUUUUUGAUAAAUUUAAUGGAUAUUUUAGAAGAGGGUUUAAAUGAAGAGGAAGAGGAAGAGGAAGAGGAGGAGGAGCAACAACAACCAUCAUCAUCAUCAUCAUCAUCAGGAACAACAAGAAGAAGGCAAUUACUGCGAAACAGACAGACGCAAGAAGAAGAAGAGGAGGAGGAAGUGGAGGAGGAGGGGGUGGUAGUAAUAAGGGUGGAGGAGGGGGAGGAGGAGGGGGUGGGGGGAGUGACCCUUACCUCUCUCCUGUACACCCCCUCCUCCCCCUGGGGCCCCUGCACCCGCUCAUGCAUCACCAGGAGGACAAGGACGUGCGUGUUUGAGAGCCUCUGCGGGGACGACACGAAGGUGGAAGAAGCUUACUGCUAUGCUAUUGGCUCAAUUUGCAGAGAGAAGGUUCUGAGGCAUUUGGAAGAAGAAGGAUACGUAAUAAUAGAAGAUAAUGAAGAUGAGGUGAUGCAAAGGGAAGAAGAAAGGCGAGAAGAACAAGGAAGAGGAGGACAAGAAGAAGAAGAAGAAGAAGAAGAAGUCGUUUACAGGGAAUAUGACGAAGAGGAGGAAGAAAAAAUGUAUUAUGACUCGGAAUAUGGGGAAAUAGACAGACGCCUGCCACGGUUGGACGAAACAAACAAUAGAGGCGUAGAAGAAGAGGAGGAGGAGGAAGAAGAAGAAGGGGAGAAGGAAGAGGCGAACUGGAUGCUGGAGAGGGCGGAGGAGGAGGAAGACUGCGGGAGGAGGACACGAGAGGGAGGUGGAAAUUGGCUGAGGAUUAUUGGUGGAGCGGAGAGUGUGGAGGGCGAGUGGCCGUGGCAGGUGGCAGUGUUAAACAGAUUCAAGGAGCUGUUUUGCGGGGGCACGCUGGUGGGGCGGCGCUGGGUGCUGACGGCGGCCCACUGCGUCAGAAGAAAACUUUACGUAAGACUGGGUGAACAUGAUUUGAGAGACGAUGGAGCGGAUGUUUACGAAGUGGAGAUGAAGGUCGAAAGAUCCUUCAAGCACCCUGAAUAUGAUGACUCGGACAAUAUUGAACAUGAUAUAGCGCUCCUGAAGCUCCCAAGGGCGGCGCGGUACAGUGAAGGGGUGCAGAGGGCGUGUCUACCCCCCCUCCACGCCCCCCCGCCCCCCGCCAGGACUAGAUGCAUCAUUUCAGGGUGGGGAAAGGAAAGAGAAACUCACAUUUUUGGGUCCGAUGUUUUGAUGUUUGCUGAGGUCCCUAUCGUGUCUGACUACCUGUGCCGGCGUGUGUACCCUGACAACCCUAUCACCUCUAACCACAUAUGCGCUGGUUACAUAGGAGGGAAAUACGACACCUGUGCUGGUGACUCAGGCGGCCCGCUAAUUUGUGAAGAAGAAGGUGUUUACAUCUUACAAGGCGUGACGUCAUUCGGGGCAGGCUGCGGGGACAAGAAGAGCUACGGGGUGUACACGAGGGUUGGGGAGUAUAUGGGGUGGAUACAGGAGGUGAUGGGGAGCUUGUGAGGGGGUGUGAAGGGGGUGAGAGGGGGUGAAAGGCUUAGAAAAUACGUUUUUGUGAGAUUAUAUAUUUUUUUGUUUUUGUUUUUGUGAGAUUCAGCUAUAAAUUGUGUGUGUGUGUGUGUGUGUGUGUGUGUGUGUGUUGAUAGGGUUUCCAUGGGUGUUUUUGGGUGUUUUAUAAGGUGAAAUGUGUGUUUUUGGGGUGUUUGUAAGGGAGAGAGAGAGUGUGUUUGUGUGUGCUUGUGUUGAGAAUGUUUCAAUGGGUGUUUUUGGGUGUUUUAUAAGGUGAAAUGUGUGUUUUUGGGGUGUUUGUGUGUGUUUUGGGAGUUUAUGAGGGAGAGAGAGAGUGUGUGUGUGUGUGUGCGUGUGUUGAGAAUGUUUCAAUGAGUGUUUUUGGGUGUUUUAUAAGGUGAAAUGUGUGUUUUUGGGGUUUGUGUGUGUUUUGGGAGUUUGUGAGGGAGAGAGAGUGUGUGUGUGUGUGUGUGCGUGUGUUGAGAAUGUUUCAAUGGGUGUUUUUGGGUGUUUUAUAAGGUGAAAUGUGUGUUUUUGGGGUGUUUGUGUGUGUUUGGGGUGUUUGUGAGGGAGAGAGAGAGAGAGAGAGUGUGUGUGUGUGUGUGCGUGUUGAUAGGGUUUCAAUGGGUGUUUUUGGGUGUUUUAUAAGGUGAAAUGUGUGUUUUUGGGGUGUUUGUGUGUGUUUUGGGUGUUUAUGAGGGAGAGAGAGAGUGUGUUUGUGUGUGCGUGUGUUGGUAGGGUUUCCAUGGGUGUUUUUGGGUGUUUAAAAGGUGAAAUGUGUGUUUUUGGGGCGUUUGUGUGUGUUUUGGGUGUUUGUGAGGGAGAGAGAGUGUGUGUUUGUGUGUGCGUGUGUUGAGAAUGUUUCAAUGGGUGUUUUUGGGUGUUUAAAAGGUGAAAUGUGUGUUUUUUGGGUGUUUGUGUGUGUUUAGGGUGUUUGUGAGGGAGAGAGAGUGUGUGUUUGUGUGUGCGUGUGUUGAGAAUGUUUCAAUGAGUGUUUUUGGGUGUUUUAUAAGGUGAAAUGUGUGUUUUUGGGGUUUGAGUGUGUUUUGGGGAGUUUGUAAGGGAGAGAGAGUGUGUGUGUGUGUGUGUGCGUGUGUUGAGAAUGUUUUAAUGGGUGUUUUUGGGUGUUUUAUAAGGUGAAAUGUGUGUUUUUGGGUGUUUUAUAAGGUGAAAUGUGUGUUUUUGGGGUGUUUGUGUGUUUUUUGGGUGUUUGUGAGGGAGAGAGAGAGUGAGAGCGGCCGCGAGUCACAAGAACAUAUAAAUUAAUUUUGUUUGUGCUGUUCACGUGAAGAAAAUAUAAGUUUUUCCCGGUGUUAUUAAAAAGAUUAGCGAAAUUUUGUAUCACUCCAUGCUACUUCCUUCACUAACAACAAAGUAAGCUAAGCAAACACACUACAACACUCUCCCUACCUUCAAUUUGUAGUUUUAAUAAAGUUUGCCAAUUUAUCUCUUUGUGUCGUAAACCUUCCUUCCUCAAGCAAAAGGAGUCCGUCACUACCACCACCACCACCACCGGCCAGUCACUCAGUAAAUAUAUUAUAAUUAUUUAUACGUGUUUUUCGCUGUUUCAAUCUCGUAUAGUCACAAAUUAGGCUCGGUAAGUACAGACUGGAGCGUUUGUGAGGUGGUGGGGCAGCUGGUGUUGACAUAAAUGAGCCUUGUUGACCACGUGAGCUGCGUCUAAAUCCUGGUUACACGUAUACCACCCCCAUCUGAGUCUGGUGGUACACUGACGUCAUGUGGCAUGGCGGCUGUGACGUGCCCAGUGAUGCCAAUACUAGCUAAAUCCACUAGGCUAGAUUGAUCCAUGAAAAUCGCUAGAUAUACUUGAAUUUAUUAUUUUCCAGCUAGAUUAUACAUGGAAAUUCCUGAAUUACACAUGAAUUCCAUAGUUUUUUUCCCUGCUGCAUUAACACUGAUGCCAGCUAGAUCCAAAAGGAAGCUCUCUAAGUUGGCAUCAUCGGCGGCGGGCGGCAGGCGAUUUUGAAAAGUUUGCGCGGGAAGAGAGGAUGAAUGAAAAUUAUCGUACUUUGAUAUCACUUUAUUUUUUUUGUUUUUAUUACAUUUGCUGCUUAGUGCUGACUCUCUCCUGAUGCUGGAGGUGCGGGGGGAAGGAGGGAGGGGUGGAGGAAAGUCCAGGAGGUAGGGAGAGAAGGAGAGAGGCGGAGAUAGAGAGAAAAACAGCAUUUAAAGAGGGCGAUUGUGCUCCUACAACAAUAUGUGUACAUCAGCCUUACUCUAUAGGCCUAUAUAAUGUAAGACUGAUGCGGCCUAUGCUUCCUUUAAUUUCUCUCUUUUUUUUCUCACUUUCUGUAUUCCCAGUGGCAGAGAGAGAGAGAGAGAGAGAGAGAGAGAGAGAGAGAGAGAGAGAGAGAGAGAGAGAGAGAG